UUUUCUCGUCUUUUUUUUUACCUGAUUUUGUUAUACGUUUGAUCGAAAUCAUUUGCUCUGAUGGAUCUCUGUUUUGUUAACCCUUUUGAGAUUUGGUAGAUAUGGUUUUGAGGAUUGAUAUAUUUGCCGCUGAUUGUCGUUGAAAAAUUGUGAAAUUUGAUUUGGUGGUUUAGGGUUAAAAUGAAAUUAUAUGAUGAGGAAUAUAAGAAUCUGAUUUUUUUUUAUUAGAUUCUCCAGAUGUUCUUGUUACUUGUGAUUGAAACUUUGAUUUUGGGUUGUUGUUGUUUUUGAACUUUGGGGAUUUUAAAGUUGAAUUUUUUUCUAAUUUAUGCCAAAACGGUCUUCUUCUAUGGUUUUGUAUUGAACUGAUGAUUUAGAUUUGUUUAAAUCUCGGCUUUUGUAUAUUGUAGUGGAAGAUUGAAUUUUUUAUUUCUUGUCAUUGGUUAUAGGUUUUAGUUUAUUAUGAUGAUGCCACUAGUUGCAUGAUUACUAACUUGACAGUGGUUUAUAUGAACAUAUGUGAUAAUUUUCUUAAGUUUGAUUCCUACUUCUCUUUUGGGAUUGUUGUGCAGGUUUUAGGACAUUUGGGUUACCCUGAGGCUUAAGGAGAAUAGUGGUUUAGUUAUUUAUACUGAAUUUUGUGUCAUUCAGACUUUCCGAGGAUUUUCUGUUUGGUACCGUUUGCCUCGUCUGUGUUUUCAUUUGAGCUGCAUCUUAAAGUGAAAGUUCAGUGCUUAAACAGUAAUAAAGUAGUAUUUCAACAGGCUGCUAAUAAGAUUGCUCCCUUUCGGUAAGUUUGUUUUCAGCCAACUAUCUCUCUUUGUGAAGUUAACAAUCCGUUGCUUCUUGUGAUGGUUAAGAUUCCUCUGGUAUGCUUAGUUUCUGUGCUAGUUUCUAGACUAUGAUGAGUCAGUAUAAGAUAUCUAUUUCUUCUGUUUUUGGUGUAUCUUCAUUUGUUCUUGCUUUGGUUCUGCUGCUACAUGAUUGUUUUGAAGUUUUGAUAUUAAGCGAUGGUUUUGGUCUUGCAAUGUUCCCUUUUUGGCAAAAAAGUAGUAUUUAUAAACCUCAUUCAGUGUUUCUAACUUUCUCGAUGCGUGAGUAGCUUACACAGUGCUUAACAAGAUGGCUGGUGUAAAGCGAAAAUUAAGUACCGAGUCAGAUGUUCAUGCUCUUCACAAAGAACUGGAUGAGGUUUCAUGUCCUGUUUGCAUGGAUCACCCACAUAAUGCUGUUCUACUGCUGUGCAGCUCUCAUGACAAAGGUUGCAGGUCCUACAUCUGUGAUACCAGUUACCGACAUUCCAAUUGCCUUGACCGGUUUAAGAAAUUGCAUUCUGAAUCCGCAAAUGACCCUACUCCCGAGGCGAACUUGGCUUCAAGGGAACAUAAUAACGAAUCUCUAUACGAGCAUGGUACAGCCAGUCGAAGCAGUUUUCACCGUGAGUCUGGAAACCGAGGCUCUUCUUGGGAUUCCGAAUCACUGAGGAGGAGGAGGAGAGUUGAGGAAGAAGUUGAGUCAGAAGAUAUCACAAAUUUGAAAUGUCCUCUAUGCCGGGGUACUGUUUUAGGAUGGAAGGUUGUAGAAGAAGUAAGAACGUAUCUUGAUCAUAAGAACCGAAGUUGCUCCCGAGAAUCCUGCUCAUUUACUGGCAACUACCAGGAUCUGCGCCGCCAUGCCAGGAGGACUCACCCAACAACUCGUCCUUCAGACACUGAUCCAUCAAGAGAGAGAGCUUGGAGGCGGCUUGAGAACCAGAGGGAGUAUGGAGAUAUAGUCAGUGCAAUCCGUUCUGCCAUGCCCGGUGCUGUUGUAGUAGGAGAUUAUGUUAUAGAAAACGGAGAUAGGUUUGCAGGUGAGAGGGAAACGGGAAAUGGUGGGAGCGACCUUUGGACCACUUUACUAUUGUUUCAGAUGAUUGGCUCUCUUGACAAUGGAGGUUCUAGCGCUAGUGGGAGUGGUGGUGGAUCAAGAUCCCACAGGUCAAGGGCAUGGAGGAAUCAUCGGCGUUCAUCUUCAGAUAGGCCGUACCUUUGGGGGGAGAAUCUAUUGGGUCUACAAGAUGAGCGCAAUAACAACGAUGAUGAAGAGUUUCGUUUGCAGAAUGAUGCAGGCGGUGCUUCUACUCCUGUUCCAAGAAGAAGAAGGAGAUUUGGACGUCCUAGAUCAAGCGGAAAUCAUCCGCGAUAAGCUGAAGCGUCCCGGUGAUAUCGAUAUCUCUCGGGUCAGAACCAGGCCGAUGCAAAGGGAAAGGUUUUACUAAAAACCCGAGAGGCUUAGGAUUGUUUGGUUUUAUGUAAAUGUCAUUUUGAGCCUUGGCUCAUUGUAUACUACUAAGUAUGGCUUCUUAUGCAAUGUCUUUUGUUACUUAACUCGUGGAUUAUUUUCUUUUGCGUUGUGAUGAAGUUUGUUAUUUAGGAAAUCGACCACGUAUAAAUAUUUUAUCUAAAAAUGGACAAUGUAAUUAUUUUGUUGAAGCUCUUUUUGGUCCAACGUUUGAC